AUGAGCGGUUGGGUUUUAGACGCUGAGAGUGACUAUUUCUUACCGGUCGCACGAGAGAUCCAACAACGCUGUCGCAAUCGAAUCGUCAAGAGGACACCCACGAGGCACGGGUUGGAAGUGGGGCUUCGGCCUGUACCGACUAGGGAACUGUCCGAACUACCAUGA